GGGUAGUAGCCAAAAAGCGUGAGAAAGACAAAGAGGAAAUGAAAAAAAACUUGGAUGAUUUGCUAGCAAAAGCCAAGCAAGGAAUUAAUAUGCGGCAUACUCCCAAAAACAAACCCCAAAGCAGAGCAAUAAUUAUAAAAGUAAUUGUUCCUCCUGUUAAUAAUAUUGCCGAAACUGGAGAAACUGCACAACCCAUAUCUUUCAUUGUUCCGCUAAAACUUUUAAUUUCUUCCCCUGCUGAAUUGCCAAGACUGCCCGACAUAAAUCCUCAACAAACUACCCAAGACAUUGUUAACACCACUUCUAAUAUUGGUCAACAAGCAGCCGAAACCAGCCAACAAGCAGGCACGGAGGUUAAAAAUACUACUGACAAUAUGACUAAUCAAAUUGAAGAUAUUAUUAAGCAAAUUAACAACCUAAAAACGGAGUUAGAAGGAAAGAUUAACGCAGUUAAGAAUUGUGUGGAAAAUGAAGUCAGCAAAAUCAAUUUUCAAGAAAUUAAAGACAAAAUUGACACAUUGGGAGGAUUACCAGGAAAAUUAACCGAACUACAAGACAAAUAUAAAAAAUAUUUAGACGAGCAAGGAAUAGAUGAAGUUUACUUAUACGAGUAUUUACGCUUUCAACAACUUCACGAACUAUUGGCAACUUUGCCUAAUUCUCAGCAAAAACAAACCGCCGAAGCAUUUGACCUAGCCCAGCAAGUAGUAACCGAAAGGGAAAUCCACACCGACGCUAUGAAGGCCAUGGACCAAUUAGAGGAAGAAAAUCGCAAUUUGAAAAGGCAGUUAGAGGUUCAAAUUCAAAUCCAACAACCAAAAUUCAAUACUAAUAUUCAUUCUGUCAAAAUAACUAAUUUGCAAAUACUCCAAAGAGUAAGCAAUUCAGAGUUCAACACCGACCCUUACUUUUAUAUGCUUUUCAAUAAUGAUAAACCAGAUGGGAGUAAUAACAAAGUCUUUUUUGCUUUUGGUAACAAAGUUAAACAAAAUUGGGAGAUAUUAAGUGAAAAUCACGAGAACAUUAAAGAGAUACAGAUUGAAUACGAACCUCACGACCGAGGAAAUAGAGUAGUGAAUAUUCUUAAUUGGACU